UUCAACGGUAAAAAAAAAAAAACAAGUCUCGAGACUCCUGCUUUCCGCUCUAUUCGUGGCACGGCGUCUAGUUCUUUUACGGCGUGUAGUGAACGCCCCCCUUAGUAUGAGAGACACAGCUUUGAAGCGGUUUGGUAAAGGGAGGCAGACGCUUUCUGACUGCGCGGCGCUGUGUGAAGGAGGCGUGUCAUCAAUCUCAGUCAUGAGGCACCUCCACUCGGGAGUGUUUUUAAUCAACCGAGGGACUCGGCAUCUUUGAGACAAGAAAGGAGCCUUUAGAGAAACUUUUCACUCUGUUUGGUCACAGACCGCUACAUUGAGAGGAUACGACCAGCUCUGACGCACGUCGAAUUAGUCAUAUUGGGAGACCGCUUCAGAAGAUGCGUUAGGUUUAAAGGACUCAAGUUUUGCAAUGACCCUGUCACGAAGUUGUGUUUCUCAUAUGUGCGCUUUUAAAGGGCGCAUUGGAUUCCCGAAGUUCGCGUUGCACGACGCGUCGUGAUCCGUACAGGGAUGAUGCGGGCACAUUCCCAAUGGUAUGUCUCUUGACUCAGUCCGGGAAUAUUUGUGCAGUUGUGGGAAUGCUUUUCCGUGGGAUCUGGACGCUCCGCCGGAGAUGUUGCACGGGUCCCCUUCUGCUGCUGGGGAUUGCGCUGGGGCUCUUUUACCACACCUUGACUAUUGACCGUGACAGCAACGAGUUCAAGUCCAGUCAGCGGGACCAAAGGAACAAAUCAGUGGUGUCUGAUUAUAAACUACUGCUCAAGCACCCAGAGAAGCUCAUAUCUCUUCUGGAAGCAUCACAGACUGAUAGCUUUGUGCAACAUUCUAAACGCAGCUGUGCGGGAAAAGCCAUUAUUCUAACAGGCCAACAGGCUCCGACAGAUACAGAGGUUCAGUUGUAUCAGCGAGUUCUACAACAGCAGGGGUAUCAUGUGGAUCAAGCUCGCUUUGCUGAGACCAGUGCGACUCUCAGACAGGACAGAAGAGAUGGAAGAGACUGGUCUGUCUUGGUAUGUUUAAAGGGAUCUGAAAAAAGCUGCCUGCGAAAAAUCAACUUUGCCCGUCCUUACCACCACCAGAGGGUUAACAUUAUUCCAGCAUUUUCCGGAGCGUUUUUGGACAUGGGCGGUGUCUGCCGGUUUUUGACAGACAGCAAGUUGUCAGGAGUGACAUUACCCAUCCUCCCCUCUGCCUGCACUCCUGGAACCCCAGACAAUGCUGAAUAUGAACGGAUGCAGCCAGACAUACACAGCUAUUCAGACAAUCACGGCUUGAACACCAUCGUGAAUGUUUACAUCCUGGUUACCUCGGCAAGCCCUUUAACAGCUUUUGUCCAUCACACAGCCUUGGUCAGAACUCACCUGGACAAAAAUAGUUAUGCUAAAGAGUUGCAGGUAUUCUUUAGAGAGAGACUGGGUCCUGUUGCGUCACUGCAGGCCAGUGAGCACAUGAAACGCAUCAUCAGUGACAUCCUUAAAGCUGCUCUAUUAACCACACAGGAGAGCAGCUCGCCCAGAUGUCAGCUGUGUUUUCAGUUAAUGACAUUCACUUUGCACUAUAAUGCCUCUCAUCCAGUUGUGGUUAAGCUUCAGACUGAUCUACACUUUGAUGAAAUGAAGGACCCUGACUUUGAUGCACAGAUCAGCAAUGAGUACAUGCUAGAGGAUGUGCUGAAACUGCUUUUCCCAGCAUGCAUCAGUGAGGCCAGAGAACCUACAGAAGAGAACCAACUGAAGCAGUACGGGGGCUGUGAGUGGCCAAACAGCUUGUGUUUGCCUCCAGAAGACCUGCAUUUACUUCAGCAAUUUAAUCAACACCUCAAGAGACCAGGGCCUUUUCAGCUGCUGUACCCUAUAUCUCCUCCGGAUCAUCUCUUCCAUGAUUUAAUCCAGAAGUCCCUAGUUGCUCAGGAUUAUGAAUGGAGACCAGCUCUCAUGGCCCUACUCCAACAGCUCAGCCUUUACUACACCAGAAGAAAUCAGACUGAAAGCAUGGAGGACCCAAAGAGCCCUGGACAUGGUGAGGCAAAACCAGAUCCGUCAGAUUCAUUGUCAAGAAAGGGCAAGUGUGUUGAUCCUCAUCUGAGACAGUUGUACACACAUCCGCCUAUGUUACUUAUGCCAACAUUCAACCCAUGGGUGAAAGAAUAUCGAGCCGAGGUUCCAUUUGAUGUGAUCACUAUUCGGAUCAGACCAGAACCAGUGAGCUCACAGUGCCACAUUCACCUGGAUGAACAUCGUGGACCAAAGAUGGCAAACUACCCGGUUGGCCUGGGCAACAACAAAAUCAACAUUCUGGUUAUGGACGAUUCAGAGGCUGAGCCCGUUGUCAUGACGAUAUACACUCUGCAUAUAUACCGCGAAAGCAGGCCCAGCCUGCCAAUGUUUGAUGAGUAUGUGAUGUGCAGCUUCGUACAGGACUGUGGCCUGGUGGUCAGACCAGAUCAGCCCUGUGGUUUGGAGCAGAUUCUGGGGAUGAGAUCAUCAGAAGAGGCCCAGGCAUCACCUCGGCCUUGUGUGUCAGGAGAUGAGCCUGGUCGUUGGGUCAUCCCAUGCCUGAGCUGCUCGGACAAUAGGACCUGUGAUUGGAGAGAGGUUGACUGGCAACCCGACAGCUGUUACCACCCUUUGCUAGACCAACCUCAGUUGCAAACCUGCAUGAUGGAUAGGAAGGUCCUGUUCAUCGGUGACUCCACCAAUCGAGGGAUGAUGUACUACCUGAUUGAGAGAGUGAACACCACAUUAGAGGACUGGGACAAAGCCCACGACACCAUCGUUUAUCACAACCUGAAUCAGGGCCGAACUAUCAUCAGUUACUCAUAUUACCCACAAUUCUGGCUUCCAAAGGCCCAGAGGCCCACCUUCCAAAGAGCUCUACAACAACUUAUAGCGAGGUCACAACCCCUGGAGAAUUCGCCUCAGACAGUGCUGGUCGCUGGAGGGGUACAGUGGCUGAACCUGAACCAUCUGAGGACCAUUCAACAGGUCUUAGAGAGGGAGGGUCUUCAGAACAUCAUGGUGGUGGUGAAGUCUUUAGGAAUGGGCUUUCAUUUGCCUGUGGAUGGUAUUCGUUUCCUUCCCCAGAGUGGAGUGCAAGAACUCUAUAAUGUGAACAAGAAUAUUCUGAAAAGUGCCAAACAUCUUGGAUACGAGGUCAUUGACACGCUCAGCAUCACCAUAGGUCGAUACAAGGAGUUCCUGCAGGGACGGUGUGCCUGCCAUUUCCAUGAGGUCUAUAAGCUUCCAUUUCCCACUGCUGAUUCCCAAAGAACGCUGAAGACCUUGAGACAUGAUAAAGAGAGUGCACUCAGGGCCAAUGAGCCACCAGGGAUGCCACAGCAAGAGGAAGAACUUGGAAGAGGAAGAGCAACAUUGUCUCAACCCAAUGUGUCCUACCAUGUAAAGGGACCAGUAAACAAGAUCUACUCAGAGAUCCUACUUAGCAGGAUUUGUGUGAAUCGCGAUGUCAACAGGACUAUUCGACCACAUUGACUAAAAGACAGUUAGCGGCUGGUGACGCUAAACUGAAUGUGUGUUUUGUUUUGCAGGUAAAUGUGUAUACAGUGGGAAAGAGUGUGUCUGUAUGAUGAUCAGUUGUGAAUAUGUAUAUAUAUAUUUUUGAAGAAAAAGCAGUUAUAAAUAUGCAUUAAAGGGCUAAAGUGUCUUGAAAGCACUCAUAGUGCACACAGAUUGGUCAAAAUGUAUUUAGCCAUAUGCUGGUGUAAAUUGUGUGUGUGAUACAGAUGGAAACGGGUGGGGUUCAAUAAGACCUCUUGAAGCACAAAUUCUUCUGCUAUGCUCAUGUAAUGUUCCCACAAGUCUGCUGCUGGAGCACAGGUCGAAAUGUUUCCAAUGUGUUUUGAAAAUAUUUGCAGGUGCUAUGGAGUGCCUUUGAUGUCACGCUGCCCCACACUGUCACUUUUAUGGAAGCUUGAUGACGUUUUGAAAUCUAGCUUUUCACCCCCUUCAUUUACAUACAAGGUUUUGAGUAUUAUGAUGUAUUUUUAUACCAAAUGUCUAAUGAACGAUAUUAUAUGUUAUAGUCUUAUGUUCUUCACAUAUAUUUCUACAUUUAUUUUUCUACUAGUGUUUUACCAAUGCCUUAAUAAUAAUCCAUGUAAAAUGUUAUAAAUGCUGUUUACAAAAAAAUAGGUUCUAUGUAUUAAUACCAUUACUGUAAAUGUUGAUGGUAAGCAUUUUUAUAUUGGUUCAGGGUUUAUUCUGAAUAGUUCAUGUUUCAUUUGUCCAUCAUUUACAUUAAACAGAAAAUAGUAUUGGGGGAGGGGUGGAGCUAAAAUGAUUUGAAAUAUCCCACAAAACUUCUGUUCCCACCAAUAGUUAGGCUGCAUUUUUGUAUGGGCAAGAAAGUUUUCCACAUGAAACAAUGUGUUGACCUGUGAAGAUUCCACAGUGUGGGGUAACACAUUAUUCUACAUAAAUGUAUAAGGAGUUUAUGGAUGUCUAAAUGUUGUCAAGCAUGAAAUAUGUUAUUAAAAGAAAACAAUCAACAUGCAAUGUACAAUUUUGA